AUGGCAUUCAGGUCGUCUUCCCUCUUAGGGCCUCUCGACUGGAGGCUGGUGCUGGCCGGUACCUGCUUGUUCUCAGUCGGAGUGGUUGCCGGAGGGCUUUGGAACAAGAAAAAGCCGUCAAUCGCGCGAUCCCCCAGAGUCACGGUGCUGCCGAAGUUGUCCCCAGAGGAGAUUGCUGCGCUGCCCUAUCCUCCAGAUGUGCUCCCCGGGGCACGCGACGUCGAUACCCCUUUUGGCUCGAUAAGAGUGUACGAGUUCGGUCCGGAAGACGGCCGAAAAGUCCUCCUGGUGCAUGGCAUCAGCACUCCGGCGAUUGCGUUGGGGGCUGUUGCCCACGCCCUGGUGGACAAUGGAUGUCGUGUCAUGCUCUUCGAUCUCUUUGGGCGAGGCUACUCAGACAACCCUGCCGACCUUGUUCAUGACAUCCGACUGUUCACAACUCAGAUCCUUCUGGUCCUGGCCUCGUCUCCUCUAUCAUGGACGGGCAAGGACUCUGGAAAAUUCUCUCUGAUCGGCUACUCUCUUGGUGGCGGGAUUGCGGCGACGUUUGCGUCCUACUUCCCCAACUUAAUCGACACUUUGAUUCUUUUUGCACCCGCGGGGAUCUUGAGGCCACAUCAUAUCAGCAGGUCCAGCCACAUCAUCUAUUCGGAAGGCCUGAUCCCAGAGUCUCUGCUGCAGCGUUUGGUCAGAAAGCGACUGCGAAGUCCACUAGCUGCACCACUCAAGAAGCCAGUAGACAAGGAUAAUACGGUUGACGCAACAGAGGCGGUGGCCGCCGAAAUCAACCUCGAAGCCAAUUCCCAAGCCCUUCUUUCCAAGAUCCGCCCACACGUGACAGUCGAGAAGACAGUGCAAUAUCAAUUAGACAACUACCCGGAAUUUGUCGCCGCAUUCAUGUCCAGCAUUCGCUACGGCCCGGUGCGGUAUCAGCAUGACCGUUGGCGAGUCUUUGGAGAGCACCUGAACCGCCUCAAUGAGGAGAAAGGCGCCCAGAAGAAGGUGCUGAUUGUUUUGGGGGCCAAUGAUCCCAUCAUCAUCCGGAAAGAGGUCGAAGAGGAUGCGACGGAAGUGCUCUCGGGCAACGUGGAAUUUGACGUCUAUGAUGCAGGACACGAAGUGCCGGUCACGAAAGGCGACCAAAUCGUCGCCAAGAUCCUGGACUUUUGGAAGAGAACAGAUUGA